CAUAAGGACGAGGCUGCUCUCGCACUCGAUAAUGCCCCCUCUGCCGGCUUGUCUUUCUGGAUUACUGCAGCCUAUCGACACUCUGGAGCGGAUGCUUGAUACCAAUCAUCAACAAACAUCUUGACAAUAACUCUUCACCAAGAGCCCGAAGAUGUGGAGAACUAAUGGAAAACGCCCGGGAGCGGCUUCGUCUACAAACGGUCCAUGCCACUAUUACUUGAGGACCGGAACCUGUGGCUUUGGCUCAAGAUGCAAAUUCUCUCACGAUACAGGCAACAAGCCCGACCGUCGAGAACAAGGUCAGUGGCAAACUAGCAAUGCGUCACCCGACGACCCACCAGCAAAUGCCAGACGAAUCGAUGGCCGAACCGCCAAUGCCUCAAGCCGAGCGCGUAACCCGGAGCGUGAGCGUCUAUUCCAGUGGAAACGACUUCGACCUCAGCCGAGACAGGUUUCGCUGCUCUGGGACGAUACUACGUCGAACUUCUUCCGCACUGCUCUCAGUCUGGUGGAGCAAGAUGUGAGCCUGGCGCAAGAGGUCGUCAAGGAGAUGGCCGCUGACGGUCGGCUGCCGCUCGUCAGAGAUGUCAUUGAGGGUGUCGCUUCAGCUAAAACGCCUGAGGACGAAUCUCUUCUCUGGGAAUCGCGUAUUUCGCCUCUGUUCCGAGUCUUGCUCCACCCGACUGUUGUAGACUCUGUGGUCCUUGAACAGGAAACGGCUAUGCUCUAUCGGUUGCUCCUGGGAGUCGACGCCACACGCCUGAAGACCCUCUUCAACUUUGUCUUCGAUGUCGUUGAUCGCUGGUACGAGUUGCCUUUCGAAGACACGGGCGUUUCUGCCAUGGAAGCACUUGCUCUAUCCUGUGGCGUCUUGGCCAAGGUCAUCAACACCAGCACCUCGAACAUUGUCAAUGCCCUCUUUCAUCCCAUUGUCGAAGGAAUCAAGCUGCGAUUAGAUGUUUUCGGCAAUAAAGAUAGCGACUUCCAUACCUUGCAAGCAACAAGACAUCUCGAAUAUGUUUGCCGCCGCCUGGGUAUCGGCCAUACUCUGGUUGACGCUGUCCAUAUCUCGGCUUCUUCUGGUGCCAUGGCCGAAUUCACUCUCAGCCAGGACUUGCCUGGAAAACUCUCCAAACGCCGUGAGCGCCACGACAAUGACCACCAGGAUAUUUCGGAUAUCAAGCUCAUGCCUACCCACCAAGAAAUCAUGUCUUCUCGAGACGAAUACCUGCCGGUUGCCAACCCCGCACAGCACCAUUUGCAAGGCCUGCGAGGUUUGCUGGAUCGGCAUUUCCGCCUUCUGCGCGAGGACACACUCCAAGAUUUACGAAGCGCCAUUCGCACAACCGUGGAGUCGAACGUCAAAAUGCGAGAUGUUCGAACACGAGUUGUGGCCUACGACAACGCCUUUGCCGUCGACAUGGCCUUCGACAGAUGGUCAGGCCUUGAAUUCAUUGUCCAAAUUGAUCAACCUCGACCCACAAUAGGUUUAGACAAAUUGCAGCGCGGCACUUGGUGGACAGGAAAGAGACUGAUGGAUGGAGCUCUUGUUUGUAUUGUUGAUGAAGUGGGCGGUAUUUUCUUCUUCCAGGUCUCAAGGUCGACUAUCAGAACUCCCAAAGACGGGAGCCAGCAGGGUCAAGGAGAUGACCAAGAGGAGCAUAAGAACGAGGCCCCGCGCUACAGUCUGCUUGACGAUAAAACCCACGCCUACGUACAUCUACAUCUAGUCGACACAGGAAUCGACGAGAUUAAGAGAUCUCUAAGGUGGUUCAAGACCAUGCAGGUCGUCCGCCAGCAUCGUCGUCUUCUCGAAUUCCCGUCUGUUCUACUGGCUUCUUUCACCCCUCCGUUAAAGGCAUUGCAAAACAUGUCAAAGACCCUGGAUCUUCCUUUUCAAGACCUUCUAACGCUUCGUGCUGGGAGUCGACCAGCGGAUAAUCCUCCCCCGCUCUACUCCAGGCGACCUGGUUUCUCAUUUGAUCUGAGCUGCCUGACGAAUGAUGGCAGGAAACUCUUGUACACUCCCGGCGAUGCGAUCAAUCCAUCGCGUCUAAGCAGGCACUCCAGUCUUGACAAGACUCAAUCCGAGGCCAUUCUUAAUUCACUCGGAAGAUCCUUCGCCCUGAUUCAAGGUCCCCCAGGUACAGGGAAGAGCUAUACCGGAGAAGCGCUCAUCAAAGUCUUGCUUGCCAACAAAUCGAAGGCAAGGUUGGGGCCUAUUAUAUGCGUUUGCUACACCAACCAUGCUUUGGACCAAUUGUUGGAGCAUCUUUUGGAUGGUGGUGUCCAGAAUAUAAUUCGCAUUGGCUCCCGAUCCAAGUCCGACAGGUUGGCUCCUGUGAAUCUGAGAGCGGUGGCUCGAGACAUGACCCGCACGGCUGCCGAAGGUCAGGCUCUUUACAAAUCUGUCGAGACUUUGGACGGCGACACAGACCAGAUUCGCGAUACGCUUUCGAAUUUCAUCUUCAGUAAAGACAACGAAAAGAUACGCCAUCACCUUGCCGAACGCUACCCUGCCCAAUACGAAGAGCUGAUGGGGCCAACCUUGCCGAACUUUGAGGAUGAAGGAGAGGGGUGGCAAACGGUAUCCUACUCACGCGGGAAUGUAUUCAAAAAGUGGCUCGCUGGCGGCUUGUCUACCAAUGCGACGCGCCCACUUCGGCACUUGCGCCACUUGAAGCUAUCCGAGCUCUACCAUCAGGAACGCAUCCUGCUCUACCAAGGAUGGCUUGACGAAGUGCUGAGAGGAGAGAUCGAUUCGCUGUCGAACAUGCACAAGGUUUACCAGGAACACAAAGACAACAACAGCAAAAUUAGAAGCUCCAUUGAUCUGCGUUGUCUUCAAGAAGCGAACAUCAUUGGUGUUACAACCACCGGCCUCGCCACCAAUCUUGAUCUUCUUCGUCGGGUGCACGGCAAGGUUUUUGUGUGCGAGGAAGCGGGUGAAGUUCUGGAAGCCCAUCUUUUGACCGCGCUCUUGCCGACUAUCGAGCACGCCAUUCUGAUCGGGGACCAUCUUCAGUUACGCCCUCAGAUACAAGACUGGAGACUCCAACGGGCAAACCCGGCGGGCGUCAAAUACUCUCUGGAUGUGUCCCUUUUUGAGAGACUUGUUCAACCACUGCCCAACGUCCCGAGGAUCCCGUUCAGUGUCCUCGAUACGCAACGCCGGAUGCACCCAUCGAUUGCGGAACUAGUACGAUCAACACUGUACCCAUCUUUAUCAGACUCUGAGAACGUGCAAGACUACCCCGAGAUCCCUGGCAUGGCUCGGAGGCUCUUUUGGCUUCACCACGAAAGCCCGGAAUCGGGGGGAAAGUCUGAUCAGGACUCUGCUGAGACGUCGUACUCCAACGAUCUCGAGAUUGAGCUUGUCUCGGCGCUUGUGUCCCAUCUGUUAAGGCAGGGUGUGUACAAAUCUGGGGAAAUUGCCGUCUUGACGCCUUAUUUAGGACAACUGAACAAGCUACGACAGAAGCUCAGCUCCGUCAUGCAGAUCGUCAUCAAUGACCGGGAUAUGGAUGAUCUUGCUGAGAUGGAACCUGCUUCUACCUCUCAGGGCAGCCUAAUGAUUGUGAGACAAGCUGCGAAGACAAAUGCUCUGAGCGGUGUUCGAGCCGCAACGGUUGACAACUUUCAAGGCGAGGAGGCCAACGUUGUCAUUAUCUCACUUGUCCGCAGCAAUAACGAUAACAGGUGUGGAUUCCUCAGUACUUCCAACCGCAUCAAUGUUCUGCUAUCUCGGGCUAAGCACGGCAUGUAUAUCAUUGGCAAUUCACAUACCUCGAGCCACGUCCCGAUGUGGGCGCAAGUCACGGAGAUCCUUCAGAACGGCGGCAACUUCGGCAACAGGUUGGAACUACAAUGCCCGCGGCACCCUCAGAAUAAGAGCUUUGUGUCACAGCCUGAGGAUUUCCUUCGAUUUUCUCCCGAUGGUGGGUGCAAACUCCGGUGUGACCGUCGGCUGGCAUGCGGCCACGCCUGUACUGGCCCUUGCCACUCCGAUCACCUUCACAACGCCAUCAAAUGUCUCGAGGACUGUGUCAGGCCAAAAGAAAACUGUGACCACCCUUGCCGCCGACGCUGUGGAGAGCCUUGCGACAAGCUUUGCACAGAGGUGCUGCACGGCGUUGGUCUGAAGCUUCCCUGCGGUCACACUCUUGACACGGUCGCUUGCUGGAAAGCUCAAGACCCAUCUGUGAUCAAGUGUGUCGUGCAAGUCGACAAAGUGGUGCCCGGAUGCGCUCACGCUGUCAAGGUGUCCUGCCACGUAGACGUUACCAGGGAUAGCUAUCUUUGCAGGACCGAGUGUGGCUUUCAGCGGCCUUGCGGCCACGCAUGUAAGUCGCUAUGCUCGGCAUGUCGCAUCAGAAAAGAUGGUAAGGUGGUUGAGGAGGAUCACAAAGCUUGUCGACAGACCUGUGGCAGAUCCUACACAUCCUGCAGCCACUCUUGUCGAGCAGCUUGCCAUGGAGAUGAGCUUUGCCCUCCGUGUUCAUCUCCAUGCCAGAACCAAUGCGUGCACUCAAAGUGCGGCAAGAAAUGCCACGAGCCUUGCCCACCGUGCGCAGAGGAGACGUGCCCAUCCUCAUGCCCACACUCAAAGUGUACUAUGCCUUGCGCCGCUCCUUGUGAUUGGAUUCCCUGCACAAAGCGGUGUGCCGAGGUAUUGAAGUGCGGACAUCAAUGCCCCUCCGUCUGCGGUGAACGUUGUCCAGCCGAGAGGUAUUGCCAGACAUGUGCCGCAGAUGACAUUAAGAACAGGGUGGUCGAUCUUAUCCUCAUGGAUGACUACCGUUCAGUGGACCUGGACGAGGAACCCUGCAUCUUCCCAGACUGCGGCCAUUUCUACACUUACACGACCAUGGACGGACAGAUGGGUCUCCGGGAUCUUUACGAUGCCUCGCCUGAAGGAGUGCCGACGGCCGUCAAAUCUGGCUCCCAUCCAUUCUCGGUAACUAACAUCAAGGUGUGCCCCGACUGCCGAGGGUCUCUUAGAAACAUCUCCCGAUAUGGAAGAAUCGUUCGACGUGGUCUUCUUGAUGAGUCGACGAGAAAGUUCAUCAGCUGGGCUCAUAGUGUCAAGCAAAAGUUGACAGACGCGUUCUUUGCUGCACAAGACAACCUGCAGAAGAUGGAGAAGAAUAAAUUCAGCUUUCCUACAACGCAGCUGGGGUUUCCCAUGGCCCAGUCGACAUUUGCUCUCAGAGGGUCUCGGCAGCAACAAAUGACCCAUCUCUUCAAGCUCACGGGAAAUACCAGGCACGCGGUACUCAAGACGCUCCGACAUCAGAUCGCCGAUUUCCUCGGGUCAGUGAGGAAAGAAGAGCAGCCGUAUCAGCGCGUGGCACACCUGGUAUGGCACGUCAACAAGCGGCGACAAACCAGCGACUACUCGUUUGACGAGUCGGCAAUCCAAAUGGGUGGAUACCUGGACGCCAUGACGCUCUCGCUACGGUGUGAUCUCCUCCUGGUCUCUGACUACAUCAGUCUGUGCUGCAAUACGACCGACAACGACAGCGACGGUGCCAAAUCCGCCAGCAUUGAUCCCAUGCCAUACAUCAAGGACUGCAAGCAACUGAUUGAGAAUGCGCGAAUGAGAAACUAUUCCCGGCUGGAAGUCGAAGGCCACAUCUGCCUCGCGAUGUUCUGUUACUUUGCACCGCCCGACGAGGCUGAGCCGACGACUGACGCACCAGAGGCACCUGAAGCAGAAAAUUCAUCCACGAAAGCAAGCAUGAUCAAGCUCGGCGACGGCCACCUCCUAGAAGCUGAGAAGAUCAUCAAAGCAAAUCCGUCCGCAGCGACGCUGGCCUUUGAAGUCGAGACAGCGAGGCGCAUGCUCCACGACGGCGUCUUCUACAGCGAAGUCUCUACCGACGAGAUGCGAGCUGUCUACGCGGCCAUGAGCAAGGAGUUUUCGGGGACAGGCCACUGGUACACAUGCCGCAAUGGACACCCCUUCACAAUUGGCGAAUGUGGUAUGGCGAUGCAACAGACGGUCUGCCCAGAAUGCAACGCUCCGGUCGGCGGCCGGAAUCACUCUUCGGCCGAAGGCGUGAGACAUGCGGCAGAGAUUGAUGCACUUGCGCGCGGAAUCGAUAGAAUGGGACUUUGAAGUAGAGUAGAUUGAAGAGAAAAUGUCUUAUCUGAAGGCUUCCAGC